AUGGGCCUUUUCAUUCCAACAAAUAAGCUUGAAAACUUGAAGCUAUACAAAUAUUCCUCAGAGGAUCACUCACUCAUCUCCAGAUACAUUAUGAAGAGAUGGUGGAACAGCUUUGUGAAAAUCUUCCCCAUGAACAUGGCCCCCAAUGUCAUUACGUUGCUUGGUUUGGUUUGGAUUCUUGCCAAUCUCGCUUGCGUCUUCUAUUAUGACCCUUAUUUGAACACACCUUCCCCUCGUUGGUGUUAUUUUUUCUAUGCAAUCGGCCUUUUUAUGUAUCAAACAUUUGACGGUUGUGACGGUUGUCAUGCUAGAAGAACAGGCCAGAGUGGUCCAUUGGGUGAACUAUUUGAUCAUUCCAUUGAUGCAAUUAACACCACCUUGGGCCUGCUUGUCUUUGGGUCAGUGUUCCAAUUGGGUUAUGGUUGGUUGAUGUUUAUUGCUCAACUUGCUUCUGUAUGCAACUUCUAUACUUCAACUUGGGAAGAAUACCACACACACACAUUAUAUUUGUCACAAUUCAGUGGGCCCGUGGAGGGAAUUUUGAUAAUUUGCAUUUUGUAUAUCGUUACUGGUAUUUUCGGACCAGGAAUUUGGGACAUGCAUUUAUUCGACUUAGACUUGACGUCCCUUGGCUACGGUCUUGGUGUUUACGAAGUGUCCACGUCCAUUUUUUACGUUGUUGGCGGUUUGGGCCAAUUGUACUUCAAUAUUUCGUCUGCGAUGAAGAAUGUACUUAACAAGUACAAAUCCAGUAACAAAGUUCUGGAUAAUGCAGCACAAUCUAUGGUGUAUGAGGCCUCAAAAGGAUUAAUUCCAUUUUUUGCCUAUUACGCUACAAUUUUGCUUCUCAUUUUCAGCUUUCCUGAAGUCAUCACCACGUAUGGCUUCCCUCUCAUCAUUUCCAUCGGGUUCACGAUUGCCUUCUGCGUGGGGAGAAUUAUUCUUGCUCAUUUGACCUUGCAAAAGUUUCCAUUCUUCCAGCCCCCAACGUUUUUGCCAAUCUUGCAAUUGGCUGUGGCAAAGUUUCUCAUCAACUUGUACGGAUACGAUAGAGCAAACACACUUUCGGCUAUUAUGUGGACUGGAGUCGGGGCUACCUUUGGUAUUCAUGGCUUCUUCGUGGCAGAAAUUAUUACCGAAAUCACAAACUACUUAGACAUUUAUACUUUGUCCAUUAAGCACAAGAAGGUUUAA